UACACAUACGUCUGCAGAGACACAGGCUUUUAUCAGCAAGUUCCAGCUGGCGGUCACACACUUGUCCUGUCAGAGCGACACACUAUCUGCUCCCGAAGCCACGCAGCUCUGAAGCAUUUGGUCAUAAUGAAGACGCUCCUGUGUCUACUGCUCUUUUUUGAAGUCAGAGGUCAAAGGUCAGCAGCAUGCCCUCACCUUUGUUCCUGUGUUGGGGGUCAGGUAGACUGCAGCAGUAAGUCUCUCACCACCUCCUCUCUCCCCACCCUGUUCCCUGCUGACACCACUGAACUUCAUCUCCAUAACAACCUGCUCACCUCCCUCCCUAACGGCCUGCUGGAUACGCUGACCUCCCUGCAUUCUGCCUCAUUCCACGGUAACCCAUGGGUGUGCGACUGUGGUGUGCUCUACUUGCAAUCUUGGCUGCUGCGGCAGCCUGCGGGCAGCACGUCACAUCAAGGUGUCAAAUGCAGCUCCCCUCCUAGCCUGAGAGGACGGCUGGUUGUGUACCUGACUGAGGAGGAGGUGCUGGAGUCCUGCCGUUACUGGUACUGUGACCUGGCUUUGGCCUCACAGGUGUGCCUGUUCGUGUUUGUGCUGGUCCAGGCGACCCUACUGGUUACUGUCAUCGUGUUCCUGAAGAGGUUUGAAAGAUUGUCAAAGGAAGGGAGGAGGACCAGAGAGGAGAGCAGCACAGCUGGAGAGGAUAUGAGGGAGAAUGUCACGCCUUUAAUGGCCAGCAGCAUCUGACACAGAGAAAACAUCCUGG